CAGAGCUAGAAGAUGGACAAGAUUAGCACCCAAUACUCUCACUCUUCCCUAAGCCACCCUCAUGUAAGGAGCAAGGACAGAGAUCUUGAACACCUUGAAAAUGGCCUUGACAGGACCCACCGGCCGCAUGAGGAGAUGUCAGCAGAGCCACAGCAAGGAAUCGCCAUGGAGAUCAGAGGGCUGGCCGGAUCCAGAGAAAGCCCCUUCUCUGGCCCAGGGCCUGCCAGGCUAUCUCGCUUCAUCAUCUCCAUGCGUGCGUGGGCCGCUCGGCAUUUGCACCAGGAGGACCAGAGACCUGAUUCCUUUCUGGACCACUUUCGGGGAGGCGAGCUCAAGGAGGUGUCCAGUCAAGAAAGCAGUGUCCAGCCAAAUGUGGGCAGCCAUGAUCCCCCAGACAGAGGAAGAAGUGACUGGCCCCUGGCCAGGGCCAAUGCCAACGCCAGCAACAACUCAGAGAAGGAUGACAAGGAGAGAAAGGAGGAGAGAGAGAAAAAGGAAGAUGAGAAAAAGAAAAACUGUCCCAAACCCGAGGAGAAGGCUGCCGUGGUGCUGGAUCCCUCUAGUGACUUGUACUACCGCUGGCUCACCAUCCUGGCCCUGCCGGUCUUCUACAAUUGGUGUCUGCUGGUGUGCAGGGCCUGCUUUGAUGAGCUACAGUCUGAACACCUGGUGCUGUGGCUGGUCCUGGACUACAUGGCAGACAGCCUCUACAUCCUGGAUGUGCUGGUGCGAGCCCGGACAGGCUUCCUGGAGCAGGGCUUGAUGGUCAAGGAUACAAAGAGGCUGUGGCAGCAUUACACCAAGACCCUGCAUUUCAAGCUAGAUGUGCUGUCCCUGGUCCCCACGGACCUGGCUUAUUUAAAGCUGGGAGUGAACUUCCCAGAACUAAGGUUCAACCGUCUACUGAGAUUCCCCCGGCUCUUUGAAUUCUUUGAUAGGACAGAAACAAGGACCAACUACCCCAAUAUGUUCAGGAUUGGGAACCUGGUGUUGUACAUUCUCAUCAUCAUCCACUGGAAUGCCUGCAUCUACUUUGCCAUUUCCAAGUCCAUUGGUUUUGGGACAGAUUCCUGGGUUUAUCCAAAUGUCUCAAUCCCAGAGUAUGGGCGCCUCUCCAGGAAGUAUAUUUACAGUCUCUACUGGUCCACCUUGACCCUGACCACCAUUGGGGAGACUCCACCCCCUGUGAAAGAUGAGGAGUAUCUCUUCGUCGUCAUUGACUUCCUGGUGGGUGUUCUUAUCUUUGCCACCAUCGUGGGCAAUGUGGGCUCCAUGAUCUCCAACAUGAAUGCUUCCCGGGCUGAGUUCCAGGCCAAGAUUGACUCCAUCAAACAGUAUAUGCAGUUCCGCAAGGUGACAAAGGACUUGGAGACAAGGGUCAUCCGCUGGUUUGACUACCUAUGGGCCAACAGGAAGACAGUAGAUGAGAAGGAGGUGCUCAAAAACCUUCCAGACAAGCUGAAGGCUGAGAUCGCCAUCAACGUUCACCUGGACACACUGAGGAAGGUACGGAUCUUCCAGGACUGUGAGGCAGGGCUGCUGGUGGAGCUGGUGCUGAAGCUGCGACCCGCUGUGUUCAGUCCUGGGGAUUACAUCUGCAAGAAGGGGGACAUUGGACGGGAAAUGUACAUCAUCAAGGAGGGCAAGUUGGCUGUGGUGGCUGACGAUGGCAUCACUCAGUUUGUGGUGCUCAGUGAUGGGAGCUACUUUGGGGAGAUUAGCAUCUUAAACAUCAAAGGGAGCAAGUCAGGGAACCGCAGGACAGCCAACAUCAGGAGCAUUGGCUACUCAGACCUGUUCUGCCUCUCCAAGGAUGACCUGAUGGAAGCUCUCACUGAGUACCCUGAAGCCAAGAAGGCCCUGGAGGAGAAAGGACGGCAGAUCCUGAUGAAGGACAAUCUUAUCGAUGAGGAACUGGCCAGAGCUGGGGAGGAUUCCCAGAACAUCGAGGAGAAAGUGGAGCAUCUGGAAUCCUCCCUAGACAUCCUGCAGACCAGGUUUGCACGGCUCCUGGCCGAAUACAAUGCCUCGCAGAUGAAACUGAAGCAACGUCUCAGCCAUCUGGAAAGCCAAGUGAAGACAGGUGGGAGGGAGCUCCAGUCCAAUGGGGAGGCGCCUGCUGCAGAAACAGAGAGCGCAAAACAAUGAGAAGGUACAUCUGUUUCACCAGGCAAGGUCAGCCUGCACAAUCCCAUGUGCUGUAGCCAAAUAGCGUGAGACUUGGCCAGGCUUCCAGCUCUCCUUACCUUUUGCAAGAUGUGUGGCCUAUGGAGAAAUGGUUUCCUCUUUUAGAAAUCAGGACUCAAUAUCACUCCCAGUUAAGUGACAAGUUAUGUGGGGCCUGUGUGAAAGUGUGGAUGCAGCCAGGCAUGGUUAAAUUAGGUGCUCCCCCAAGUAUAUGCAAGUAUAGGCACAGAACACUUUUAGGCAUGAGG